UGGUUGCUAGGGAACCAUUAGCGGCAAGAUGGCGGCGACCGGCGACGGGGGCCCUGUUUCGCUCCAGCGGCGCCGGCGCUCGCCGAGACUGCCGCCGCGAAACGGCUAUGGCGUGUAUGUGUACUCAAACGCUUUCUUCCGCUAUGAAGGAGAAUGGAAGGGAGGGAAGAAACAUGGUCAUGGGAAGCUAUUAUUUAAAGAUGGAAGUUACUAUGAAGGCGAGUUUGUGGAUGGAGAAAUCACUGGGGAAGGCUACCAGCACUGGGCCUGGUCAGGAAACACCUACUCUGGACAGUUUGUUUUAGGAGAGCCUCAAGGACGUGGCAUCAUGAAGUACAAAGCUGGAGGUCACUAUGAAGGAGAGCUCUCCCACGGCCUGAGGGAAGGGCAGGGGUUUCUGGAGGACCAGGAUGGGCAGGUGUACCAGGGUUCCUUCCACGCCAACAAGAGACAUGGCCGAGGGCAGAUGAUCUUUAAGAAUGGUGACAAGUACGAAGGCGACUGGGUUCGAGACCAGCGUCAGGGACACGGGCUGCUGUGCCAUGCUGAUGGCUCCACGUAUGAGGGGCAGUGGCAUAGCGAUGUCUUCAGUGGGCUUGGCACCUUGGCCCACUGCUCUGGAGUGACCUACUGUGGGAUGUUCAUUAAUGGCCACCCAGCAGCACAGGCUAAGAAGAUUGUGGUUCUGGGCCCAGAGGUACUGGAAGUGGUCCAAGGAGCUCCCUUCACACUGAACGUGCAGCUGCAGGAAGACAAUGGGCAAGUUGCCAGGAGUGAGAGUGGCCGGGUCCUGAAGAUCUCAGCAGGAGUCAGAUACGUGCAACUCCCAGCGUACUCUGAGGUCAGCUUCUUCAAGAUGGAUGAAGACCACAUGGAGACACCCAUCCAGACACCAUUUGGGUUCCAGUGCAUUUCCUAUCCUCUAUCCAUGCCCCAGUCCUGGGUGCUGGAGCCCGGGUCUACUGUGGAGGGUGCCAGAGAUGACCUGCUACUCUCCAAGAGAGACUCAGAGCCAGUGCUGGACUCAGGAGCCUUCCAUGGCCAGGGAGACACCCCCAGCAUUGUGCCAGGUGGACAUCUGAAUCCCCCACAGCUCUGAGAACCAGAAGGCCUCCCUACCACUGCUAGAAAGGAAACGGUGACAGGCUCUACAGACGUGCAGGCCUCCUGGGGCAGCAACUCAAGGUAGAGUGCAUGGGCCAAUGGCCCUUUCCAGAGGACACAGCUGCAAUGGACAAAGUGCAUCUUAA